AUGAGUGGCCAAAAAGAUCGAAUUGGAUUGAGUGAAAUAAGAAUAGACACAGAUUAUGCAAACGAUGGAAAUAGCGCACCUGUGGGCGAAGCUGUUAAGCGAUUAGAAUUCCAACGAGAAGAGGUACAAAAGUUGAUUCCUACUGCUGAUACAGAAGUACAAAAGGGAUUGGAAAUUGCUGGUAUCAGCAGCAAUGAGUUUGGAAAAACACCCAGGGUGCGUAGAGAGAAAUUGAUUGAGUUAGCCUUCCAAAAUCCUAGUUUGAAAGAUGCGUUGGUUCGAGCUGCAGAGGUCAAUGAGCAGGAAAGCGAGAGCGAGGGGGAAGAUGACGACGGCGAUGAGGAGUUUUACACACCGGCUUCCGAACCUUUGAUUAAGGCCAGGCGGUUUUUGGUGCGGGAUUCGCUGGCCCGAGCUCGACAAAGACUACAGGUCGAACGCAGCGCCUUCCACUUGCACAAUACGAGAGAAAUUAUUGAAAAGAGACGUUUAUUGAACAGAUCACUGGCGACUUUCGAACUUGAAGGAUCUCAAAUAGUUGCGGCAAGGCCCGUGUCGCGAGUACGAUUAUCUCCGGACCAGAAACUGGCUGUCUGUGGAAGUUGGAAGGGAGACCUGCAGGUCCUGGACCCAGGCACUUUGGGGAUCAUAAAUAGCAUUGAAAAUGCUCACCAGGGCAAGGUAGGGGGACUGUCGUGGAACUCGAAUUCGCAGCUUGUGGCCUCGGGAGGCGGGGACAACAAAGUUAAGGUAUGGCAACCAAAAUCUCAAGUGGCUUCAGCCCAGUUUGAUGGCCACGAAGCUCGUGUUGUCGAUGUUAAAUUCCAUCCAAGUGAUAGGUACUUGGCAAGUGCCUCUUUCGAUAUGACAUGGAGACUGUGGGACGUAGAAACACAAGUAGAGCUGCAGUUGCAGGAGGGCCAUGCAAAGGAAGUAUACAGCCUAGACUUCCAAUGUGACGGGUCUUUACUUUGUAGUGCAGGAUUGGAUUCAAUUGCCAGGGUUUGGGACCUGCGAUCUGGCCAAUCUCUCAUGACUCUUGAGGGCCAUGCAAAGCCAAUAUACGCCGUCAGCUGGUCGCCUAAUGGCCACCACCUAGCCACAGGUAGCGGUGAUGGCACGGUGAAAGUGUGGGACAUUCGAAACUCAAGUACACCUGCAUCCAUUAUGGGCCACAACAAUAUUGUCAGUGACGUCCAAUUCGAGAAAAGCACCGGACAGUGUCUUGUUUCUAGCUCCUACGAUACAACUAUAGGAGUGUUCGCUGCUGACUCAUGGAUAAAACUGGCAUCACUGCGAGGCCACAGCGACAAAAUUUUGUCUGUAGACAUUGCUCGUGGAGGAACACACCUGUUAAGCUGUGGGUGGGACAGAUCGCUUAAGAAAUGGUCUCUAAAAAAUGGUCAAUAA